AUGGAAGAAAAUCUAACAGAUGAUAGUAGUUCGUUCUCGGACGAUGAUAUUCGUGUUGUGAUAGGGGGCAAACAUUUGAAAUUUCCUAAUGAUUUAGAUCUAAAACAGGGUUAUCUAAAAAUUCCAACGGUUAUUAAAUAUACCGAUAAGAAUUAUGAUACUGUUAAAUCAUGGGGAUGGUCUGCGCUAGCUAAAAGGCCUAGAAAGAAGGACGGCGAUGUCGACACCAUGCCUAUCGAGCACUUCAAGCUAUGUUUAGGUGACUUGCCCGAAAAUCUUAAACCAACGCUUCCAGUUCCUGAAAAGAAGGUCAUUACCGACUAUUUUCGGGAAAUAGGCAACUUAAUGAAAGACACAAUAGGACGGGCGUGGCCAAAUGUGGAUUUUUUGAACCAAGUUUUACUUGUCCUCACUGUUCCCGCUGAUUUUUCCGAGAAGGCAAAGAAGAUCAUGAAGGAAUGCAUGUACAAUGCUAACUUAAUUAAAAGCAUGGAUACGGAAAACUUUCAGUUUACUACAGAACCGGAAGCAGCUGCUAUUUAUUGCGUGAAACAUUGUCUAAAAGAGCAAUCACUUACAUCUGAUGAUACAAUAUUCAUGGUAGUGGAUUGCGGCGGCGGCACUGUCGACUUGACGACCAGAAAACUAUUAACAAACGGCCAGCUAGGAGAGGUUGCUGAAAGGGCUGGUGAUUUUUGCGGAAGUACUUUUGUUGACAAAAAAUUUCUUGAAUUGAUGGAUUCAAUUGCUGGAGAAUCGGCGAUGAAAAAACUUAAAGAAAACAACUAUUGUGAAUUACAAUAUCUUGUUAAAGAAUUUUGUGAACAGGCCAAAUUUCAGUUUACAGGUGAUGAUCCUGAUUUUCAUUGCGAGAUUGACCUUGAAAGCACGUGCCCCGUCUUAAAAAAAUAUGUAACUGGUAGCCAGUUAAAAAAAUUGAAAAAAGUUAAAUGGGAAAUUGAUAUUAAGUUUGAUUCUAUCAAAGCCAUGUUCGAUCCAAUCAUUGAUAGGAUUAUUCGAAUGAUUCAAGUUCAACUUGACAAUUCCCAAACUUCGAGUUUGGGUAUGGCCCGAAUCAGCAAUAAGUGCUCGGCUAUAUUUUUGGUCGGAGGAUUUAGUCAAUCAAUGUAUUUGUUUAAUAGAAUUAAAAGAAAAUUCGCAGAUAGAGUAGAGAAUAUCUCUUUACCAACUCAACCUGCUGCUGCAAUAUGUAGAGGCGCAGCAAUGUAUGGUCUUAGCAUGUAUAAUGCAAAAACCUAUCCAGGUUUGGCAACCGCAAAAUUUAUCAUCAGUACUAGAGUAUUGAAAUACACAUAUGGCAUUGGAAUUAGUCCGAAAUGGACCGAAGGUGAUCCACUACAUCGAAAAACUCAUGAUGGAAGAAUUGAAAAAUUUUUGCGUCUAGCUCAACGAGGUGUUGAAGUUAAAAUUGAUGAAGAAUUUUCUUCAACACAAUAUCCAAUUUACCCAGAUCAGACUGGUAUAAAUUUUUUGAUAUACAUUACUGAGAAUAUCGAUGGUGAAUACUGUGAUGAAGUUGGGAUGAAAUUAUUGGGAAAGCUUAAAAUUGAUCUUCCUGAUGUCCAUCUUGGGUGUAAAAGACCUGUUCGAUUCUCUUUGACGUUUGGCCGAAUGGAAAUUACUGCAUCUGCAAAAAAUAUGAUAAAUGGCCAAAAUUAUCAUUCUAAAUUUGAACUU